AUGAAGCUCGUCAGAUUUUUGAUGAAGUGCGUUAACGAGCCGGUGACUAUCGAGCUGAAGAAUGGCACCAUCGUCAACGGUACCAUUUCGUCAGUGACGCCCCAGAUGAACACAGCCCUGCGCACCGUCAAGAUGACGCCCAGGGGCCAAGAACCUAUCUCCCUCGAUACCAUGAACAUUCGCGGCUCAACCAUCCGCUACUUCAUCCUCCCGGACUCGCUCCCUCUUGACACACUAUUAGUCGACGACGCACCCAAGCCCAAGAACAAGGCUCGCAAGGAGGCUGAACGUGCGAGCCGCGGACGCGGCGGUCCUAGAGGACGCGGUCGUGGUCGCGGUCGCGGCCGUGGUCGUCCUUGA